GGCACUCUCGCCAUAGAUGGACUAGGAGUGAGAGCCUGGGAGGCAAUACUGUAUGAAUGCGUGAAAAGUUUACAUCUCUUGCACGUCUCUUUAUGGCGUAGCCUAUCCUUAAUGAGCACCAGAGACUGUGACUAACAUGCUCUAUUCGAUUUUAGUCUCAUGGUCUAGUUUCCAAAAUUUGAGUCUACUGUAGAACAGUUUUGAGAAGUUAACCUCAUGACACAUUAGAAGAGGAUAAAAACAAGUUGCUGGUCUGGUGGACUGGACAGAGGGACAGGGGGAGAAUCCGUGAGAAUACUCACAUGGCACGUAUGGAUUACAUGUAAAGCCAGUGUUGGUUUCGCUGCAUCUCUGGGGGAAAGUCAUCCGAGAAGCGUAUUUUCAGGAGACCAUGGACAGCCUCGCUUCCAUGCCAGAGGGAUUCCGCUCAGCCUGGAUUUAUGUUGGAUUUGCCCGGGGCUCCGAGAGCUCACAGCCGUGAAAUUGAGAGUGAAAGACGCGCUAUGAAAUAAUAGGCUAUUUGUAAGAUUGGUGCCAAAUGUAGGCUAUUUAUGUUCUGGAUAUUUGAUCAUGUUUUAUUUUCUCAACAAGCGUUACUAACGCUACUUGGAAUCUUGUGAUCAACUUCAAACAGUGGACACUUAAAAGGAGCGCUUUGGUGACAAAUUUGUGGAUCUAUUGAAUUAGGCUGUAGGAUUACCCACGGAAUUCCACUCUCAAAUGAUAGUUUCAAAGUCGUUUGUUUUGUUUACAUUUUGUCGCCUCGCUCUUUCGUUUCAUUCAUUCGCCGUAUCACUUUGUUAACCAGGUUAAAGCCUGAGAGUAAGAGAAAGAAAGUCUCAUAGCGCGCCCAGUGUGCACACGGGCACCAUGGUCGGGAUGUGGGGUGGCGGAGGUCUCCCAAUGUCUGUCACCGUGGUUGUGACUCUGCUCCUGGCUAUUAUUGACGUGAAGGCGAGUGGGGAGUACUGUCACGGUUGGCAUGACACCCAGGGCACAUGGAGAGAGGGCUUCCAGUGCCCGGAGAAGUUCGAUGGUGAGGAUGCCAUCAUCUGCUGCGGGAAAUGCGAGCUGCGGUACUGCUGCUCCAGGAAUGAAGCACGGCUGGACCAGGGGACUUGUGACAACGACAAGCAAGCCCAGCAACCGGGCACCGACAGCAAAGAGAACAAGGAGACGGGCGCAGUACCCAUCUACGUUCCCUUCCUGAUCGUGGGCUCUGUGUUCGUGGCUUUCGUCCUGGUGGGUUCCGUGGUUGCCGUUUGCUGUUGCAACUGUCUCCGCCCCAAACAGGAACUGUCAUCAGGGGGCGGGGGAGGAGGCGGGUCUGGUGGCGGCCGUCUCCUGGAGACUAUUCCCAUGAUGGCUAGCGUGGGAACAUCUCGCGGUUCCUCUUCCCGCCAAUCAAGCACGGCCACCUCGUCCAGUUCCUCUGCCCCUCCUGCCCAGGUGCCUCGCCCGGCCCCCCAGCCCAUGAUGCGUGCCCAGGCCUCCUGCUGUCUCCCUCCAGACGCCAGUGUCUUCGUCAACAUGCCGACCAACUUCUCUGUGCUCAACUGCCAGCAGGCCACCCAGAUCAUGCCCCACCAGGGACAGUUCAUCCACCCCCAGUACAUCGGCUAUGCCACCCACCACAUGUCUCCACCCCAGGGGGUCUACCUGGACCCCACCCAGGGGGGCUACAGACAGCUGCAGUCCCCCUACCCCCCACCCACCAGUGUGGCCAGUGUCACCAGCGAGCAGAAGUACCCUCCAGUAACAGUUUAAGCCAUUUUGGGGACUGUGUGUAACAGACCUUGUGAGGGCCUUAUGGGGACUGUUUGAGAUACCUUAUAGGGACUGUGUGAGAAACCUUAUGGGGACUGCAUUAGAAACCUUAUGGGGACAUUGGGAGCUCGCCAGCUUGGAGAGAGAAUUAUAUGGACUCAGGCUCACACAGAGGACUCUGUGAGGAAGCUGGGAUCUGUGCCUGACCAGCCACAGUGUGUUGCGUGUGUCUGUCCUACAUGUGUGUGAUAUGUAAAGGUUUGGCAGAUUUGCCUCAGGGUAAUGAUUGUGAGUGAGCUGACCUCACCCUAAGAUUGAGGCAGGGGUAUGUCUGUCUGGUUGUCCUCAUUCAGCAACACACAGAGGGGUGAUGCUGCCCACCAGGGCCAAUGACUCGCAGCAGAGUGUGUGGGUUUAACGUCUUGAAGUUUGUCAGUGUAGCGUUUGUUGUAUGUGUUUGUAAAUGAGUGAAUGUGUGUAUGUACAGUACAAGUGAGGGUGCUGUGUCCAGUGUGGCUAUGUGUGUAUGUGACUAUAUGUACAGAAUGUGCUGUGUGUGUAUUACUGUCAGUGUAUGUGGUGGUGAGUGGGUGUAUGUUAACGGAUGUACUAUGUGUGUGUGUAUAUGAGUGUAUAGUAUGUGUGUAUAUGAGUGUAUAGUAUGUGUGUAUGUGUGUGAGGACGUGUGUAUAUGAGUGUAUAGUAUGUGUGUAUAUGAGUGUAUAGUAUGUGUGUAUGUGUGUGAGGACGUGUGUAUAUGAGUGUUUAGUAUGUAAUGGGAAAUGCAGGCGGUGUGAUGUGAAAAACAGUCCCUCUCUCCCUGUAGGCCUGUUGAUGUCUAAUGAAGUGAACACAGGACACAGACUGUGACGCUCCAGCCUUACACACACCCCCCCCUCCCCCCACACACACACACCUACCCACUGCCUUGAGCGGAAACGCACACACACUUGCAUAUACACAAGAGAACCCACAAAAUUAAAAUACACAAACACUCAUGCAAGGACUUGGAAAUAAAUGUGCCUGAAAGGAGGUGUGUGUGUGUAUAUGUAUGUGUGUGUGUGCGUAUGUAUGUGUGUGUGUAGCUGUGAUCGGCAACCUUCUGAAGAUUGCAGAAAUAAUAACGCAGUAAAAGCUGUCUGCCAACUGUUCCACCUCACUGAGUAUCCCUCCUGUGAAAGAGGUGUGUGUGCUGGUGUGUGCGUUUACUGAAGGUAGACUGGAGUUGUGCUGGAAGGUUUCAGGGCAUUUCCAGCAGUUCUUUUCACUUCAGGGGGGUAGAAAAAGAACAGCAAAAAAAUGGACAAGACCCACUGGGCACACCACAUCAUUUCAGGGCGGCAGGGUAGCCUAGUGGUUAGAGUGUUGGACUAGGAACCGAAAGGUUGCAAGUUCAAAUCCCCGAGCUGACAAGGUACAAAUCUGUUGUUCUGCCCCAGUUAACCCACUGUUCCUAGGCCGUCAUUGAAAAUAAGAAUUUGUUCUUAACUGACUUGCCUAGUUAAAAAAAAAAAAUUCUACGUGGAUUAUUUGAUCGAGAUGACCCGUUAGGCCUCUAUUCACUCAAAAAGACAGCCAAAGUUAGUUGAAUUUCCAACGUGUUAUCACUAUGCUUUCAACCAAAUUCUAAUGGAAAGACAAUGUUUGGUUUAGUUGUCCCCCAAAUGUCUAUCACUGUGCCAACCAUUUAAAAGCACAGCAAAGUUCAAAUGGGAAUACAAUGUCAGAUAUUUUGUUUAUUUAUACGACAGAUUGGUGACAUCACUGUGUUUCAUCUAUUAGCCGAACCAAAUGACCUGGAUGGCAGUUGAGAUUACAUUCAAAGUACGUGGAGCAAGUGAUCAAUGCCUCUCGAGAUUCUGCACAGAUUAUUAAAGCGAUUGUGAAGAUCUCCACAGACCUAUGAUGACCGAUGCAUGCUAUCUUAAACAUGCAUACUUUAUCUAAUUACAUCAUGUAUAGUUACAGUAACCUAAAAAUGUGGCUGUGGAUGUGUUACUCAUUUUAAGGUUGAACUUUACAUUUGUUUGUAAGAUAGAGUAAAUAUCCUUAAGUUAAUUAAGGCUAUUACAAAAGUAAUAUUGAAUUGUUUGGUUGACAAUGCACCCAAAUAUCAACAUUUUAAAGGAAAUGUAUCUUACUGUUUGGAUAGUUCCAUUCUUUAACUUUUAUUUUUGGUUGAGUUGGCGACGUGAAUACAACAUAUAAUUUGUUAACUUGUCGACAAAUAAAUAUGCUAUUUAUGUUGUUUCAAAAGCGAUAUUGAAUUGUAUUUGGAUGUCAACACAACCAAAUAUCUUGUCUGAUGACUCACAUUGAAUUAUUCCACUGCUCUAUCAAUCACUACAUACUUAAUUGCGGAAAAGAAAUAAACAAUUGUGACGUAGCGUUUGGCCGGAGCAAAGAGACUGGGUAAGUCAGCCAACCAAAUAUCAACAUUUGAAGGAGAUUUUAUCUUCUGCUUGGAUAGUUCCAUCUGUGUUACUAAUUUAGUCUGGCUUUAAUUACAGUUUGUCUACAAAUUAAGUUUGUCUCCAUCUCAACCAAA